UGUUUCUUUUUUUAUCAAUUACUUCAUGAUUUUUGGUCGAUUCUUUUUAACUUGCUUAAAUGAUUUUUGAUUAGAUUCCUUUUUAGUACAUAAUUUUUAAUGAUUGCUGGUAGAUUCUAUUUUUAAAAAUUAUAUACAGAUUUGGGGUCGAAUCUGUUUUUAACAAUUACUUAAUAAUUUUUUCUAAGAUUGAAAAAAAACUCUGAUUCUUGAACCGACUGCAUAACCCGGCGAAUUCCACCCAAAAAUUCUGGCCUUCGGGCCACAUAAAAAGCAGAAAUAAUGGAUGAGUGGCCUGAAUUAGACUCUUCCCUGGUUAUUAUUCCAACAAUCGCCCCAUUUAUGGUUCGUUAUGACUCGGCCGUCGAAUCACAGCUGGCUUGCUCCGAUAUUGUCGAAUUGCUCCGGAGUUCUGGCGUUAACGGACUUUUCCUUCGACCCAAUAACCCAGUCAUCGAAGAUCCCCCCAUUAAGUCGGGUCUGCUUAUCCCAGCCCCUGACUUCAGCCGAAUGUUUUUGAUCAAAGAAAUUUUACUGUUGGGAGAACGGACUGACAUUGAGACAGCGGUAACUGACCUUGACGACGAAAUAGAACAGCUAGUGAACAAAAGUGCGCAUGAAAGAUCGAAUAUUUGUGUUAUACUCUUUGCAUCCUUCCAUCCAGCCCAAAUGAUGUCGAGCUUAUGUAACAUUGAAGCAAUAAUUGCAGCCAGUCUUGGCGAACAAAUUCGUGUAACUGUUUGCACUUCAUUGCAAGAAAUUUUGUCCGAAAUUAAGUCUACGACUCGCGACGACUGUUCUACCCAGCCCAAACCAUUGCUGAAUUUAAUCGAACUUUUCGAGGGAAAACAGGACGAAUACUUUGAAGAAUUGGAAUUUUGUCGGAAGCAUCCUCUGAAAACAUUCGAAAUCGAGGAUUCAGAUACUCUUGAGGACGAAAGCUCAAGAAAGCUCGUAUUUGUACCAGACAUCGAGAAAUUAGAGGGAGAAAUCGCCCACAAAUUAACAGGCUUCGGGAAAUCACUGCUAUCGAGAGUUGAAAAUCCAGUUGGUGUCUUAUUGACUGGCUUUUCAUGCCAAAAAUUUGCGCCUAUAGCCGACACAAGCUGCCUUAACGACAUAUCAGAGUUUGAUUUUGUUUAUUACAACAACAACUUUUUGACGCUUCUAGAAGUGGAUUUUGCAUUCCAGAAUUUUGAAUGUUUUGACUCCAUUGAGAUGAAACUAACGCACAUACUAAGCAAGACAAUACCUCGCAUGGAAUUGUUGUGUUACACUUUCUGUAAGUACUUUCUUCGUUCAGAAGUUGAAAGCAGUUUCCGUGAAAUCAUGAGACACUUCAACGUCAUCCUGUACUUUCCAUGGUUAACAGCAAAACAGUUCAAAGAAUCGUGGGAAAAAAAUUUACCCCAAGAGCAUGCCAUGCGUGAACUGCUUGAAAGCAGUGAAAACAAUAUUGACAAAAUUUCAUUGGCCUUUUCAGAUCAAAAACCUAAGCUAUAUCAAAUUUCAUCCAAGUUGGCGGUUGAAAAAGCGUAUCACGAUUUGGCAGCCAUAUUUGAUCCACCGCACGCGCCAAAAAACAGUAAUUUGGAUCUUUUGACUUCUCAUAUGCUGAAAACUCAUAUCAAGGCGUUGGAGAGCUGGAACGAAACCAGUAAAAUGCCCAAAUGCUUAGAAAAAUUUUAUCAAAUCCAAAGUCAGACUGCUCGGAUUCCACAUAUACGGUCUCUUUUGUUAUCUGCUCAAUUCCGGAUUUUGCGUGAUAACGGCUCUCAUUUGAUUUUGCAAGGAGAUCAGUCAUGUGAUAUGACACGAAUGCUCUUGGCGAAAUCAGUCGCAGUCAGCAAAGAGAACUCUGUGGAGCAGGUUAUUUUCUGCUACUCAAAUCGAAACGCAGUCUUUGAUUGUUUCCUUCUGAGGUUUGACGCCAACAAAGAACCCACUGUCACCAAUCUCCAAAUAGAUUUCAAAGCCCGGAUACCCAUACUCGACCCACUCGAUACGGCAGUCUUCAUCACCAGUAGUUCGAUGGAAGAAUUCGACUACCUUAUUGGAAAUGAAUUCCUUAACAAAGCUCAAUUUUGUUGGAUCGCACUCAAUGACGAUCACUUCGCAGGAGCACAAAACAAGUUGCAGCUUGGACUCUUCAAAAUCAAAACUCUCGAUAUCUUUUCGAGGCUGCAAUGCUACGACUCGGGAGAACUUUCUCCCGAUGAUAUCACCAAUUUUUUUCAGAAAUUAGAGAGACAUCUGCGUGUGCGUGACGAGGAAAACAAAGUCGGAAAACAAAAAUUGUCAGAUGCUGACAUAUUUGAAGCCAUUCAUUUUUGCGAGCCGGUGAAUCAGAAGAUUGACGAAGCAACAGUUGCCAAUUCUCAAUUGGAAGCCCCGAAAGAAGAAAAAUUUGUGAUGGAGGACUCUUACUGGCAUUACCAAUCGGUCGUCCUAAGCCAAGAUGAAAAGAAACUUUCGUUCGCGUAUAUGGAAAAUGGGAGGUCUAGGCAAAUUUGUGUGCAGUUUCCUCGUUUCUCUAUUAUUGGCUCGAAAAAAGUAUUCUUCGAGAUACAACUACAACCAGAAAAGAUAGAAGGAGAACGGUUGAUCACGCCUGUGUUGUUCAUCUCGCAAAAAGAUCACACUCCAUUCUUACGUAAAGUAAAGGUGACAUUGCCUUUCAACCAUUUCUUUGAAAAUGAAAAGAAGGUCGAAAUUAGGCUGAGCCAAUCAGAUGCCAGAAAAGAUGUAGAGAUUGGUGAAGAUUAUAUCGCUAUUUCGUCAUUCACUUUCUCCCCUGUUGGAGUUGUCAAAGACCUUUUAAGGGCAUCAAGAGAAAACCCCGUAGAAGAGAUAGUGCAGUUUUUGAGACCCCUGAACUCUUUCGACCAGAGACAUCUCUUCAAUAGUCAGAAAAUUUUCCUCCUUAUGAAGCAGGAAAAAGAUCCAGUCAUUGGCAGUACAUACUUACUAAGGCUAGAUGUCAGGAAUUUCAGAAGCUGGGCGGAACAAGACAGUUUCAGAUGGAAAGAGAACUGGCACUUUGAAUCAAUCAGCAGCAAGUGUACAUAUCCCACAAAGGGCCGACUGACGCUUCAAUUGGAACUUCCAGAAGCACAAGCACAAACACCCAUACGGUUAGUCAAAGAUGAAAUAACCUUGAAGCCGCCAAUAACUUACAAGUUUAAAGUGCCCACUGAUAAGGAAGAUAUUGGUUGUUUCAAAUUCCAAAACGAAAGAGACAUUCAAUAUCAGUUUUUGGAAACGUGCGACGACACCUCGACCUCAAAAAUUGCAUUGAGUUUUGAGGACGAGAGAAUAUUUUUCGACAUUCUCCCAAAAUCUGUUUUACGAAACGUGUCAACCGAAAGCAGCCUCAGGGUGGAACAAAUAAAAGAGUUUUUGAGACUCCUUAAUACAAAUUGGAUCAAAUUUCUCCAUAAAGAAGUUUGCAAUAUGUAUUUGGAAGAUUUCAUAUGUCUCGAUAUUCAGGCUGCUGCUUUGAAAUUAACACGCUCCUUACCUUUGGACAUGAUUAACUAUCACAAAAUUAGAUUGCAGCGGAAUUACGAAGAACUGAAGCACAAAUUUGACGGAAAAUCAGCCAACUGCAAAGAAAAACAUUUGUCUCAAAUUAUUAAAGACAUCGAUAUUACUUUUAAACACGAAGCAAACAAGUUGGAGAACGAUUUGGAACCUCAAAACAUCAAACAGAAAGUUCUUUCUAAGCUCGAACUCGAAAAUACUGCUGGAGUUAGAUAUGGUUUAGAAGACGAAAGUGUAGAUGUGUUGGCCAAACAUCUAAUAAACAUUGGGUCGAGCGAAGUCAAACAGAAAAUGCAGAAGGCCUAUCGAACUGCCCAGAACUAUGGGUUGGAAAGGGAGCAGAUGUCUGAUGGUUUGCGAACCUUACUCGAAGACGCCGGUGGAGAUGACCUCUAUCAGAACCCCGAUGAGGUAACAUGGGCUUAGUACCAAAUGAGCCAGGACAGAACUCCCGGAAUUUAACUAAUAGAAAUGCCAAAUCCUUCACUAUUUCCAUACUAUAACUUGUAAAAUAAUUGUUUGUCUAUUCACAGUGCUUUGGCCGGUCACCUGAUAAUUGAUGCCAAAAGAGACCCUUUGAGUUGUCAGAAGGUCGAAUUCCGGAAGAAAAGCUUUACAAUCUCCCACCCCCGUCCCACUAACUCUUGGUGGAUCUAGGUUAUCAGCAGGAGUGUAAAAGAGCUCUCUAAAUAACAAGUUGGGUUAAAUUUAUGCGAGGAGGAUUACCUUACCUUUCGAACUGGCGUAAAAAUUUGGCAAUCUGAUUUCUGAUUGACACCUUUUAACCCCGAUACAAUUGCUACUAUUUACGCUGCUAAAGAAGACAAGUAAAUAAUAUUUUAUGAUUAAGUAAAUUUUCUGUAAAGUUUGUAUAAUAUAUUUGUAAUUUCUGUAAAUAUUUUUGAAACUUUUUUAUUUGUAACUUGUAUUUCUAAAUUUUUAUAAUUAACUCUGU